AUGUCACUCUCGGACCUCGGGCGCAGCAUCACCGGCGCCCUGCGCAAUAUCACCAGCUCCGAUGACAUCGACCAACCGAUGAUCAACACCAUGCUCAACAACAUCGCCAAGGCCUUGAUGGCCUCCGAUGUGAACAUCGGUCUGAUCACCAGCCUGAACAACAACAUCAAGAAGAACCUGCAGUUUGAGGCGGGCGCCUCGGCUGCCAGCAAGAAGCGCCAGAUUCAGAAGGUCGUGUACAACGAGCUGGUCAACCUGGUGGACCCAGGCGUGGAGCCCUUCAAGCCGAAGAAGGGCCAGGCCAAUGUCAUCAUGUUUGUCGGCCUCCAGGGCAGUGGUAAGACCACCACCUGUACCAAGCUGGCCUACAACUUCCGCCGGAAGGGCUGGCGCACUGGGCUCGUGUGCGCGGACACCUUCCGUGCCGGUGCCUUCGACCAGCUGACACAGAACGCCACCAAGGCGCAGAUCCCCUACUACGGUAGCCACACGGAGACCGACCCGGUGGUCAUCGCCCAGGAGGGUGUGAAGAAGUUCAAGUCGCAGAACUUCGAGAUCAUCAUCGUUGACACCUCGGGCCGCCACAAGCAGGAGGCCGACCUCUUUGAGGAAAUGGUCCAGAUCGAGCGGGCCAUCUCGCCGGACGAGGUGAUUUUCGUCAUGGAUGCCAGCAUCGGCCAGGCGGCCAAGAUGCAGGCCACCGCCUUCAAGAAGGCUGUGGACGUCGGCUCGGUCAUCAUCACCAAGCUGGAUGGCCAUGCGAAGGGCGGCGGUGCGCUGUCGGCGUACUUCCAGGCGGUGCAGAGCAUGGGCCCCAUCUCCCAGGUGAUGGGCAUGAUCCCGGGGUUCUCCCAGAGCUCGGAGUUCCUGAAGGGCAGCGAGCCGGAAAUCGCGGCGCGUUUCUCCCGGCUACUGUGUGUGCUGGAAUCCAUGACCGAGACGGAGCUCGAUGAUCCGGAGGCGCGGCACUUUUUCGACGAGUCGCUCGGGUCGCUCGGGCGCCGGCGCCGAGUGGCUCGCGGGUCCGGCGUCCCCAUGUUCGAGGUGGAGCUCAUCCUCUCGCAGUACAAGCAGAUGGGCGGCCUGAUGAAGACCAUGGGCACCAUGCAGGGGCUCAAGCAGGGGCUCAUGCCGGGCAUGGGCGGCCCCGGCGGCGGGCAGGCCGGCGUCAAGGGCGCCCCCAGCCGCCAGCAGCUCAUGAAGAUGCAGAAGGAGAUGAUGAAGCAGAUGGGCGGCCCGGAGGCCAUGAAGGCGGCCAUGCGUCAGGCCCAGCAGGGCGGCGGCAUCGGCGGCAUGCUCAACAGUCUGAUGGGCGGCGGCGCCGGCGGCGCCGGCGGCAUGCCCGACAUGGGGGCCAUGAUGCAGCGCAUGAUGGGCGGCGCUGGCGGCGCCGCCGGCAUGCCCAACAUGAAUGCCAUGAUGCAGCAGAUGAUGGGCGCCGGGGCCGGUGGCCCGGGUGCCGCCCCCGGCAUGCCGGACAUGAAUGCCAUGAUGCAGAUGAUGGGCGGCGCCGGCGGCGCCGGCGGCAUGCCGGACAUGAGUGCCAUGAUGCAGCAGAUGAUGGGCGGCGGCGCUGGGGCCGGGCCUGGAGCCGCGCGCCCCGGCGCCGCGCGCAAGCGCUAG